GCAGCCGCCGCUGCAGCCGCUCUGCGUUCCGGAUAAUGGCGGCCGCGACGUUUGGUGGUUCGCUUCGCUUCCCGAGUGUUAAACACGGUGUCAGCGGCGGCCCCAAGGAGCAACAACUGGCUCAGCCGCCGAGGAAACGUGCCGACUCCCGGCGGAGGCAGGCCGCCCUCAACUUCCUCAGUAACAUCUCGCUAGACGGGCGCCGGCCGCUGGAGGUCAGCAACGGGUACCGGCCGGAGGCGGAGAUGCCGGCCGCCGUGUCGGUGGCGGCCGCGGUGGUAGCGGCGGCCACGGCCACCAGCCGGAGCGGCCCGGUCGGGCUCGGCUGCAUCAGCUGCAUUUCCGGGGUGCCGAGCUCCGCGGUCAUCACCCAAACCCCCUUGCUCGGGCCUCCGGUCGGCACCGUCUACGUGGGACCGGCUAUCGCGUUGCCAAGGGAGCCGAGUGCCGGCGCGGGAGCUGAGAGCCACAGCGAAGGAGCCACCGCCGCCCAGCCGGGGGCUUCGGGGCCGGGGACCCCUCUACCCAAGAGCGGCCUGGGGCCGGCACAAGCAGCCGGUCUCCUCGGCCUGGACUUCCAGAAGCAGAGAAGCAGAACCUCUUCAGGAUCUCCCCUUCCAAAAAACACAAAGAAAGUUCACUUUAUCAAAAAUAUGCGGCAAUAUGACACGAGAAAUAGCAGGAUAGUUCUCAUCUGUGCUAAAAGAUCACUGUGCUCAGCUUUUUCUGUACUGCCUUAUGGAGAAUUUAACAAUGCUGGAGACAACAAACUGGAAGGACCAAGGCAACGUAACCCUUCUGGUGGUGUUUCAUCCUCAACAGACAUGCUGCUUGGGCUUGAUGGAGUUGAACUUGGUGCAGAUGUAAAGUCAGUUUCAUAUGCACAGUUCCUUUAUCCAACCAAUGCCUUUGUGAUGCCAAAAGCUCUACCUGAGGUUUCAGCUUCAAUAGCACAGGUUCGAAAUAGUGUGCAUCGGAAUUUUACACCAGGAAGACAUGGAACUGCCACGAUAGCACUGGAAUUAGGUACUGAUGCUGGAGAUUUAAUAGAAUAUGAUCCAAAUCUUCUUGAUGACCCCCAGUGGCCAUGUGGAAAACACAAACGGGUUCUGAUCUUUGCAUCAUAUAUGACCACAGUGAUUGAGUAUGUAAAGCCGUCUGACCUGAAAAAGGAUAUGAAUGAAACCUUUAAGGAGAAAUUUCCUCACAUUAAGUUGACGCUUAGUAAGAUAAGAAGUCUGAAACGGGAGAUGCGGAACCUGGCAGAAGAGUGUAACCUGGAACCUUGUACUGUGGCUUUAUCGUUUGUUUACUUUGAGAAGCUUGUACUACAAGGCAAAGUCAAUAAGCAGAACAGAAAGCUUUGUUCUGGGGCCUGCUUACUGCUAGCAGCCAAAAUCAGCAGUGAUCUCAAGAAGCACGAAGUUAGACAUCUGAUUGAUAAAUUGGAAGAGCGAUUAAGAUUGAACUCAAAAGAGCUGGUUUCGUUUGAGUUCACCACGCUUGUGGCUUUAGAGUUUGGCCUUUACCUUCCUGAGAAAAAAGUGUUACCUCACUACAGACGCCUUGUCCAGCAAUCCUAGAUGCAAUUACAUUCCUACUGAAAAUGAUGGGCACUUACGAGAAGCAAGCAGUUCUUCCCUAAAAUGCUGCAGCAGUUGAAUUUAUUUUUUCUGUUAGCACAGGAAAUACUGUAACAAAGUAACUUCUGCAGUGCUAAAUAAUAUCACAGAUUUGUCCAAUUUUUAAAAAACUGAUGUCAGUUUUUCUGUUUUAAAAAAAAUUAAAGCACCUUUAUUCAGAAUUGGAUGAAUCUUGUAAAGGGAUAUGUUUGGGUGAUGGCCUGUCAUGUGUCCAAUGGCAAAUUAUAGUAAUAACUAUUACCAAAAAUUCAGUACUGGGCAACAGCACUUUCCUACAUGGUGACUUAUCGUUGCUGUGAUAUCACGUUCUACACUAUCUGUUCUUCCAAGCAUUGUCCUACCGUAGUUGUAAAACUGACUCUGCUGUUAGUUGCACAUAAGUCACCACUCUAUGUUAGAGAUUCAAAUUAAGCACGUUUAUAGUGCUAUGUGGUCAAUAUUUAAUCUAUUUUGAAUUUUCUGUUUUCAUUGUGCAUAGUAUGUUAAAUGUGUGCAGUCUUCAGUGAAAAUGUUUAUUUCAAUCAUUUUGUUUGUAAAAUGCAAAUUGUCUAAACCAACUCAGCUCCCUUUUUAGAUCUUCUAUUGUGAAAUUCUUAACCUUUAUCAAUGAGGUGGUUAGCAAAUACUACAAUCUGUAAUAAAAGUCUUUAAGUGUAUGUUGAGAAGUAAUGUUGUAAUCCAGCUUUUAGUUUUCCCCUUUAAACAAAGUAAUGCCAGCUUCAGCAACUAUUUGAUAUUUAAAUGUUAAAUGUGUUGUCCUUUUUUUAAAAAAAAGUUUACAUUCAGCUUUAAAAUUUGACUUAUCUUUGUCUUCCGAGAGACUUUUUUUUGUAAGAAAAAGCACUUAUAGAUCAGGUAGCAUCUGUGGAAAAAGGAAGAUAGGGUUGAUGUUGCAGAUUGGUGACCUUUUGUCAGAACCAUUGCCUUGAAUUGUUAACUGUAUCUUCCUCUCUCCAUACCUGACCUGCUGACUGUUUCAGCAUUUUCUGAUUGUUUCCAAUUUUCAGCAUUGGCAGUAUUUUUGAUUUGUGUCUACAUUUUUUUGUAACUGCUUCACAAUGUGAAGCCACUUCAGGUAUUGGUAGUAGAACCAACAGUGAGCAAAUUAUGAUGCUCACAUCUAAUGCCACCAUUUAAUGAACUAUGGAUCAGUCAGCAACUUUUAAAAACUGUGAAAAGAGCACAAUACCAUACAAUUUCUGUACUAUUUUCAUUGGUUAUUUGUUCAUUUGUAUUUGUCUUUCAAUAGAAACAGAAGUAGACCAUUCAACCACAAGCCUGUUCAGCUAUUCCAUGAGAUCGUGGCUGAGCAGUACCUCAACUCCUCCUAACUGCCUUUACUCCACUUCCCUUGAUUCUCCUUGCCUAACAAAAAUCCAUUCAUUUCAGCCUUGGAGACAACCCAGCAUCCAGUCUUUUGAGGAGUUCCAGGUUUCCUCCAAGCUGUGUGAAAAGUUUCACUUGCAAAUGGCUAGCUCUAAUUUUAAAAUUAUACCCUCUUGAUCUGCAAUUCCUUCAUCAUUUAAAUGCCUUGAUUAGAUCACCCUUCUAAUUGCAAAGGAUUACAAACUAGGUUUGUUUUCGUAAUUUAACCCUGGUACCAUUCUAAUGCAACUGCACUGUACCUCCUCCGAGGUUAGUAUACCUUUCCUGAGGUUUGGUGCUGAAGCUCAAUGCAGUAUUCUAGGAGGGAUCCUACCAAGGGCCUGUAAAACUGACACAUCGCUUAUCUAUUUCAACCAACUUGAGAUGAAGAUCAACAUUCCAUUAGCCCUUUGAAUGUUUUCUGCACUAACUUUGUGUACUUGUUCACCUCAAUUCCUUUGCUCUUCCACAACUCUCAUAUCCCCUCAACUGCUUCCAUUAAAUUCCAUCUGCCAUAGUUUUCCACCUUCCUUUACCAAUCUUGUAGCUUUUAGAUAAAAACUUAGACUGUACAUUUCUUCUAUUCCCCAUUUGUUCUUCUAUUUUAACUGUUAACUGAAAGUAUGGAUUAUUUUACUACAUGGGUGCUGCAAAUUAAAUUGGUUUAUAAAGUAGUGUGCUCAUUUAUUUAUUAUAUAAUGGAAAAAUGAAACUGAUUAUUCAUGUAAUGGUACUUGUCUGUCUUUCUCAGUUUUGCUUUAGGUAAACGAGAAACAUUUGGGUAAUUCUAAAUGGUCUGUCUCAAUUCUUCUGUCUCUUAUUGCACAAAAUGCCUUUGUCUAGAGACUUAAAAGCUUCUGUAGUAUAAAGUUUUAUGCAUAUUUUUAUUCAUUUUGUAUUAGUGCAACUGCAAAGUUUCAAGUAAAAUUUUCAAUUUUAAUAUAA